UACACUGUAGUGGUAAAAUGUAUUUCUGGGUGCUGCUUCACUUUCUACAACUAAACUACUAAACAAGAUACUAAAAGAUAUCUAGGAUGGAUUUUGUGAUAGGUGCUGUCGCAGCUAUGGGAGCUGCUCUGUUUACUAAUCCAUUGGAAGUUGCAAAAACUCGGAUGCAGUUACAAGGAGAAUUAUUAGCUAAAGGGAAUUAUACAAUACACUAUAAAAAUGCUGCUCAUGCCUUAUACAUAAUAGCCAAAAACGAAGGAUUAUCAGCUACACAGAAGGGUUUAGCUCCUAGUUUAUGGGUACAGUUCUUUCUUAAUGGCAUAAGAUUAGGAACAUUUCAAUUUGCACAUUCACAUGGAUUUAUGAGUGACGAAGAAGGAAAACAAGUAUUAUGGAAAACAAUGAGUAUAUCUUGUAUUGGUUCUGUAUUAGGAGGUGCUAGUGCUAGCCCAUUUUUUUUAGUCAAAGCUCGAUUACAAGCGCAAUCAACAAGUGAUGUAUCUGUUGGCUAUCAACAUAACGAAACCGGAAUGAUGAGUUCAUUACAAAACAUUUACAAAGACCAUGGAGUCAAAGGUUUAUUUCGAGGACUUGACGCUAGUAUAUCCCGCUUAGCUGCUGCAGGCACUGCGCAAUUAACCACCUUUACAGUAGUGAGAGAUUGGAUGGUUUCCGAACAACUUUUAACUAAACAUCCAAUAGCCCAAUCUUUUUGUGCGUCAAUGGUUAGUGGGGUUGCUGUAUCUGUUGUGAUGACACCAUUUGAUGUUAUAUCCACAAGAAUAUAUAAUCAAGGUGUUGAUUCAUCGGGUAGAGGGAUGUCAUACAACGGUUAUUUUGACUGCGUUGUGAAAACAUGGCGCAAAGAACGCUUAUAUGGUUUUUUUAAAGGAUUAGGAGCAAAUUACUUAAGAUUAGGACCACAUACUGUAUUAUGUUUAGUAUUUUGGGAUGAAUUAAAUAAAUUUUAUAUUAAAUUCAAUGAAAUUAAAAAGUUUGUAGCAAUAAUUAGUUGAUGUUUAUUUCUCGUAGGCUCAUUGUAAUUUUGUAUAGUUUAUCUUUAGUAUUGUUGUUAUAAGUAAUUUUA